AACGACCUUUACCUAUCUAGAUCUGGAGUGCCCAAAGCAAGAUGAGGGAAGACAAGGCAGGACUGCAGAGUGUGGUCGCACAACAGGAAGAGGCCUAUGAACAGAGAAAGAAAAGUUGGCUGCCUGAUGUGCGCAACACUCCGUGUGCCCGCUCCGCCCUCAUCCAUGGGAUCCUGGGAGGUCUCACUCUUGGACUGCUCUACUUUGCCAAGAGCAGUAUAGUGAGGAGGUCAUGUGACUUGGCUGUCGGAGGGUUUGCAGUAAUGGCGCUGACUAGUUGGGAGGUGUGCAGAUGGAGUAAAGCAAAGAAAAGGGCAGAGGUGAAGAGAACAGUCGCCGUCCUCAAUACACUCACCUCACGUACUACAACAGAUGAUACAAGUCAAGCAGACACAAUCAGAUCAAAAACAUUAUGACAUCAUUAAUUUAUUAUGACAUCAUUAAUUUACUAUUGUCUAUUGUUUGUAUGCAAGUUUCUAUCUGUUUCAAAACAAUGUCCACUUUG